AUGGAAGCAGGUGGCCACGCGCUGCGCGCCGUCGGUGACGUGGUCUUCUUGGGCGCGUACGGCCGGCUCUCGUUCCCCGCGACGAUCGCCGCCUUCGUGGAGGCGCUGCUCCAGGUGUGGGCGGAGGUCAGGGCCGGGCUGCUCGUGCCGCUGCUCCGGGCCGCGGUGCUGCUGUGCACGGCCAUGUCGGUGAUCGUGCUGGCCGAGAAGGUGUUCCUGGGAACGGUCAGCUCCGUGAUGAAGCUGCGGCGCCGGCGGCCGUGGCGGGUGUACAGGUGCGACCCCAUCGCGCGGCCGGACAAGGACGAGGAGGCAGCUGCCUAUCCCAUGGUGCUCGUCCAGAUCCCCAUGUACAACGAGGAGGAGGUGUACCAGCUAUCAAUAGGGGCAGCUUGCAGGCUCACAUGGCCGGUAGAUCGAUUGAUAGUGCAGGUGCUGGACGACUCCACCGACGCCGUCAUCAAGGAGCUGGUGAAGGGCGAGUGCGAGCGGUGGGCCGCGGAGGGGAUCAACGUCAAGUACGAGACGCGCAAGGACAGGGCCGGGUACAAGGCCGGCAACCUCAAGGAGGGGAUGCGCCACGCCUACGUGCGCGGCUGCGAGUACGUCGCCAUGUUCGACGCCGACUUCCAGCCGGCGCCGGACUUCCUCGUCAAGACCGUCCCGUUCCUCGUCCACAACCCCAGCCUCGCGCUCGUGCAGACGCGCUGGAAGUUCGUGAAUGCCAAUGACUGCUUGCUGACGAGAAUACAAGAGAUGUCCAUGGACUACCAUUUCAAGGUGGAGCAGGAAGCUGGCUCUUCCCUCUGCAACUUCUUUGGCUACAACGGAACUGCUGGAGUAUGGAGAACGCAAGCGAUUGUCGAGUCCGGGGGUUGGGAGGACCGAACUACUGCUGAGGACAUGGACUUAGCACUCAGAGCAGGGCUCUUGGGCUGGGAAUUCGUCUACGUUGGGAGCAUAAAGGUUAAGAGUGAGCUGCCAAGUACUCUGAAGGCGUACCGGUCCCAGCAGCAUCGCUGGUCAUGUGGACCUGCGCUCCUGUUCAAGAAAAUGUUCUGGGAAAUUCUUGCUGCCAAGAAAGUCUCGGUUUGGAAGAAGUUGUAUAUGAUCUAUGACUUCUUCAUUGCCCGGAGGAUCAUAGGGACCUUCUUCACAUUCUUCUUCUUCAGCGUCCUGAUUCCUCUAAACAUUUUAUUACCAGAAGCGCAGAUUCCUGUGUGGGAGCUGAUCUAUAUCCCCACAGCCAUAGUGCUUCUCAACUCUGUUGGGACUCCAAGGUCUAUCCAUCUGAUUAUACUGUGGGUCUUAUUUGAGAAUGUAAUGGCAUUGCAUCGCUCUAAAGCCAUCUUGAUAGGGUUUUUCGAAGCUGACAGGGCCAAUGAAUGGAUUGUUACACAAAAGCUGGGGAAUUUGCAGAAGCUGAAAUCGAUUGCCAGUCUUACAGGAAACUAUCGUUUCAAAGACAGGUUCAAUUGCCUGGAGAUAUUUAUCGGACUAUUCCUUUUGGCCUCUGCGUGCUUCGACUACUUAUACAGAGAUGACUAUUUUUACCUCUUUGUUCUUCCUCAAUCGAUCAUGUAUUUCGCAAUUGGAUUUCAGUUCAUUGGUCUCAGUGUCUCCGAAGACUGA